AUGGCAGGCCUGGAGUCGAUUGAUGGUGGAAAGAAAUGGUAUUCUUGCCCGGAGCCCAUGGUACUUGGUGAAGCUCCGAUUUUCAGAGCAAGUGACUCGACCCUUCAUUGGGUCGACUGCCUUUCCGAGCCCUCGAGACUUUAUAUCUUGAAGAUUGAUGACUCAGGUGAUGCCAUUGGGGAAGCACGAGUGCUUGAACUUGAGGAUAGUGUGACCGUGGUCUUUUUCCGGAAGAAUAAGCCUGGUUAUAUUGCGGCAUAUUAUCAAGGAGUCUGUUUUAUCGACGAAGAGACGGGGAAAAUGGAUAUUAUCAAAGAGAUCAUCCCCACCGCCGACCGUGAUGAGCUUCGAUUUAACGACGGUGGCAUUGAUGCCAAGGGGCGAUUCUGGCUCGCGGAGAUCGAUAAGAAAGCCAUGUCAUUUGGCCCAAAUCAACUCUCAGACAGUUAUGGAACACCUCGGGGGCGUCUCUGGCGGUACGAUCCUGACGGUAGCCUCCACUUGAUGAUCGAAGAAGGAAUCGUCUGUGGAAAUGGGCUGGGCUGGAGUCCAGAUAACAAAACCAUGUAUUUCCAUGACUCGGUGGCGAUGGUCGUAUGGAGCUAUGACUUUAACCUGGAGACCGGCAAUAUUUCCAACAGGCGGUUGUUGAUUGAUCGGCGCGAUUCGUUUGGGGAACCGGAUGGCAUGGUAGUCGAUACUGAUGGUAAUCUCUGGAUUGCAAUGUUCGACUCCAACCGAGUCAUGGUGUUUAGCCCAAGUGGCCGACACCUGAAAGAUAUUGUUUUCCCCGCCAGAAACCCCGCGUGCACCACUUGGGGUGGCAAGAACUUUGACAUCAUUUAUGUAGCUAGUGGAAUCAUUCGUCGUGGAAAGCCAAAUCCUGCUGAUGAGGGCGGGCAUAUGUUUCGUUAUAAGCCGACUGACGCGCGUGGUCAGCCCAAAUACGAGUUUGACGGCUGA